ACAUUUUUUUCAUGAUAAUUGAUAAAGUGCCAAAUAAUAUUUUUGGAGUAUUUAUCAAAUAUUUAAAACGAUCCAAUUACAGGGCACUGCCAUCUCCAUCUCCAUUCGUCUGACUUAGGGUAUUCAGAAUCUCAUAACUUAUUGUCCAGAGCCUAGUUUAUUGAAGUGGAAUCAAGCCAUGGGUGAUGGUCCUCGAGGGAUAGAAGUUUUCCCAGAUCAUUUUAAGGCUUCAACUUCUGAUGUUGAUACCCCUCAAUCAAGAAGUUCGUCACUCUCUCAUACCAAAACUGAAUUUGAGCAUAGUUCAAGCAGCCGAUUGUGGGCUAGCAGAAGAUUAAUGAGUGCUGCAUCUAUCUUGAACUUGUGUAGCCUAAGGAGACUAUCUUGGGGAAAUGACAAAGAUGAGCAAGAUAAGGUUGUGUUAUCUGUUAAAGAAGUAAAAAGCCUUCAGUCAGAACUUGCUGAAUUGGAGGAAAGAGAAGCUCUUCUGAGAGCUAAGUUGGAGCAUAUUGAUGAGAUUCUGCGUUCUGCUCAUCUUUCUGGCUACUUACACAUGCGAAAUAGAUGGGCAGCAUUACCUGGCGAACCUCUCCCUCUUGAUGACAUGGAAAUUGAUGAUUGGCUUCCACGUUUUGUUGUUCUUCUAGGACCCUGCAUCUUCUUCUAUUUCCUGUCCAUGGAUUUAAGUCCUCAGGACUCGUGUCUGUUAUCUGAUGUUGUUGAAGUAGGGCCCAUGCCACAUAUUACUCAAGAAGAAGGGGAAACUCGAUAUUUAUUUUAUAUAAUAACUCGGUAUGGAUUGAGAUACGAGUGUUCAAGCACUUCUAAAAUCCAGGUGGAUAAUUGGUUGACGGCAUUGCAAGACAAAUGCAAAUUGGGAUCACAAUCGAGCACCACCAUAUUCUUCGAUCAAAGGAGGAGAAUGAGUUCUCAGAUAUUCAGAUCCGCUUCUCGAGCGGCUAGGUCUUUCAUCUCUUCUGCUUCUAAGCAGAAGCCUCGUCUAUUUUCCGAAGGACGAUCUGCUGCUGCUGCAACAGCAGUUUCGAUCAAAGGAGUGCUGCCAGCUGUUGCUUCUUUUGGGCGUUAUAAAUCUGGAAACACCUCCGGCACAUGGAUCGCUGGAGCAUUUGCACUCCCUGCUGCAGCUUACAUGCUUCAGGAGCAAGAGGCACAUGCAGGAGAGAUGGAGCGAACUUUCAUUGCUAUCAAGCCAGAUGGUGUGCAAAGAGGACUGAUUUCAGAGAUUAUAGCUCGGUUUGAACGGAAAGGGUUCAAAUUGGUAGCUAUUAAACUUGUGACCCCUUCAAAGUCAUUCGCCCAAAAGCAUUACCAUGAUCUCAAGGAACGACCAUUUUUUGAUGGGUUGUGCAACUUCCUUAGCUCUGGCCCUGUUCUUGCCAUGGUUUGGGAAGGAGAAGGUGUGAUUAAAUAUGGGCGUAAACUCAUUGGAGCCACAGACCCACAGAAAUCAGAGCCUGGAACCAUCAGAGGUGAUUUGGCUGUUGUUGUUGGAAGGAAUAUCAUCCAUGGAAGUGAUGGUCCAGAAACCGCAAAGGAUGAAAUAAACCUAUGGUUCAAACCAGAGGAGGUGUCAAGUUACACAAGCAACCAAGAAAAAUGGGUGUAUGGAGACAACUGAUGCCAUGGCAUUUAAUACUUCCACGCGCGCUAGUCAAAAAUUACUAGUUUCUUUUCUUGGUGCAAGAAUAAGAAGAGCAAAAGAAUAAAAUUGUUUUCAUUUUCUUCUAUAGAAAUGAGGAAAUCAGUGUAUCAGUUUUGUUGUUUAAGGAGAUAUGCAUGCUUAAAGAUCAUGUUUUUAGUUGUUAAAGACGAACGAGUAUUUGGUUGAAUAGUUUUAUAUUGAAAGCUACUUUUUGGCCUCA